AUGUCUUUCCCCGUGUCACCUCCUUUGCCCCUCGUGCAGCCCUUCAGCGUGGUUGUAUUCCCAGAGGUAUCUGUAGAUCUCUCCAUUGCUCACUGCGGCCUAAAAUCAUCCUCUGGGGGCCGCGAGUAUGUAAUGAAACAGGAAUCGGAGCCCUGUGUCGAUAGCCGUGACCAUGCUGAUCUGUCUUUUCAGAUAGGCCUGAGAGGUACCCUUCAGAACUACAACUGGAAAAUACAGCUGAGAUGCAGCAGUACUCUGCCUGUCUCUGUGACUGAAAUAAAAAGCAGCAUGCUCACCGUGAAGAGACUUUUCAGCGCUUCACACUCAUCAGUGGAUUCAAAGGAAAUGAAAAAAUUCCAGCUCCUUGCGCAUAAGUGGUGGGAUGAAGAAGGAGAAUAUUCAGCCCUUCAUUCUAUGAAUGAUAUUAGAGUGCCAUUUAUUAGAGAUACUCUGUUGAACAUGAGUAGUAAUUAUCAUCUGGGAAACCCACUUUCUGGAGUAAAGAUUCUCGAUGUUGGCUGUGGCGGUGGACUGCUAAGUGAGCCUCUAGGUAGACUGGGAGCUUCGGUUACUGGAAUUGAUCCUCUGGAGGACAACAUUAGAACAGCAGAUCAACACAAGUCAUUUGAUCCGGUCCUGGCCAAGAGAAUACAGUACAAGUCCAGUUCACUGGAGGAGAUUGUGGAAGAGUGUAUGGAAACCUUUGACGUAAUUGUAGCUUCUGAAGUAGUGGAGCAUGUGGCUGACCUUGAAAUGUUUAUCAAGUGUUGCUCUCAGGUGUUAAAGCCUGAAGGUUCUUUAUUCAUUACUACAAUCAAUAAAACACAGUUGUCCUAUGUCCUGGGAAUUGUGGUUGCAGAAAAAAUAAUAGGCAUUGUACCGGAAGGAACACACGAGUGGGAGAAGUUUGUUCCCCCCGAAGAGCUGGAGCGCCUCCUGGAAAUAAAUGGCUUUUCAGUCAAGACUGUGAAUGGGAUGUUGUAUAAUCCCCUCUCGGGGUCGUGGAGCUGGAUGGAAAGCACAAGCAUUAACUACGCAAUGCACGCUGUGAAAUCUGGGGCUCAGGGACAGUCAAGCCCAGCAGACGCCCUGUCAGAGUUGGAAAGCGAGCAGCCCUUAGCCGCAGCUGGCACUACCGUGUGACUGUCGGAGAUGUGUGGUGAUGGACUGCCACCAGGAACAGAAAAGAUGGUUUUACCCAGAUGGACAUAAUAAAACCUUUUGUAACAACAAGCUUGCUGUUUGCAUUAAUAAUGCUUAUGCUAUUUUUGGCCAAAUAUUUUAGGGCAGUCUCAGGAAAAAACAAGUGCCCGUUUUCUCAGGAAUCAUUUAAGAUUGAAAUGAGCAAAGCUUUUAAAAAGUAAGUAUUUUUAUAAGAAAGUAGUUUCAAAUUGUUGGACAGGAAAAUGCAAAUUAUUCUGUCAGUAGCUUGGAGGAAGCUCUUUUAUGUGCUGGCUUUUUCAGUCCUAUCGCGAAAACUCAGAUCUCCAUAGAAUAAUAGCUUAAAUGUAGAAUGAGUUUAAAAACACAGUAAUGUAUGAUAAAUAAAAUGCCGUAGAUAUUUAAGUUACUCAACUGAGUCAGUUAAAUACACGAAACACUUAGAAACAAGUGUUUGUGGUUUUUAUAUUAUACCUCCUCCCUGAGAGGAGGGAAAAAAAAACCCCAAAGCAGCGUAUCUUUUCUGUCGGGUCAUGCUGUUUCUACAGUUGAUGUGAGCUAACUGCAGUGGAAGAAGAGUCUCCUAGACCAGAGUGCCUCAGCUGUCGGAAGUCUCUUCACCAUAAAGGUACUUGUAUCUGUGCCUAUUAUUUCAGCUUUCUCCCUCUACCCAAAUAAAAGGAAGUGGAGUUGCAGGUAAAAUUUUACUAAGCAACGAGAGCUUUAUGCUAGAGAAAUGAUACAUCAGCAGUCUGUCCUAGAAUUGCAGUGCCGUACCUACUCAGUCAUAAAGUCCUAGUGCCAGGUUAAGGAAAAGUGUUGAUCUACAAUGAAAUAGGACUUUCUAAAUAAAAUGUGUGUGUCUGUGGCUGU